GAAUCCCUGAAAAAUCGCUCCAUUGCCUCUUAGGUGAUACAACAACCAUUGCCUUCAUCUUCAUCUUCUUUGUUUCUUCGAUUUGCCUCUCUGGUUUUUGAUGCAGUUAACAUUGGAUCCAUCUCAUAUUUGUUGGCAGCUUCAAGAACAAAUAAACAAAAGCAGAAAGAGGAAAGUAACCAUACUGAACGAAAAGACUGAUCAGUACAAAGAUUGAAAAAAGAAGCAAGCAAGGUUGACAAAUGGCCUUAGAAAUUGUGGGAUUAGUUAUAGAGCUAGUUGUGAAUCACAUAGUCAAACCAAUUGGACGAAAACUUGGUUAUCUGAUAUUUUACAGGAGCAACAUCCAGAAUUUGAAAAAUGAAGUCGAGAAGUUGGAUCAUAUUAGAGCAGAUGUGGAGCGACCGAAGGAGGAGGAUGAGAGAAAUUUGAGAAGUGUCCGAGCAGUUACUGAGGGGUGGCUCAGAGAAACAAAUGACAUCAUAAAAAAGACCAACACUAUUUUGCCAAGUGAAGCUGAUAUUGGAAAGCGGUGUCUAAGUCAAGGUUUGAUUUCGCGUUAUGUGUUGAGUAGGAAAGCUAAGAAGAUAAUUGACACUGUCAUCCAACAACAAAAUGAAGGGAGCAAGUAUGAGAAAAUUUUAUAUUAUGCUCUAAUUUUCUAUUAUGCUCCUCCUGUUAAGGCUUGCAUUGUAAGCAAAAAAGACUCUGAUGAGGAUGAAGGGAUGUCAAGACAAUUAAUCUUGACAGAUAUCAUUAAAGCUCUAAAUGAUGAAGAGAUCACUAUGAUCGGGAUAAGUGGUCCAGGUGGUGUUGGGAAGACGAGGAUAGAGAAGAAAGUUAUUGCAAAAGUUGAAGGGGAAAACUUGUUUGAUAAGGUUGUGCUCAUAAGAUUUUCCCAACAAUUCAAAUUGGAAGAGCUUCAAGCCUUAAUUGCAGAACAAUUAGGUCUAGAACUUUAUGAAAGAGGGUAAAAACAUUAGAGCUGUCAAACUAAAUGAAAGACUGAAGAAUGAGUGUAAAAUUCUCCUAAUAUAUAUUAGAUGAUGUUUGGGAAAAACAGGAUUUAGAGGAAAUAGGAAUUCCCUUGGGAGAGAAGCACAAAGGUUGUAAAGUCAUGCUAACAUAGAGAAGCCGGGAUGUAUGCUCUUCUAUGCUUCGGACUGCGGGGAAGAUUUUCACAAUAGUGUCAUUGACUGAAGAAGAAUCCUGGGAUCUUUUUUGAAGAAAUGCCGGUGAUAGAACUAAUGAUCCUGCCUUGAAUCAAAUUGCACAAGAAAUUUCAAAGGAAUGUGGGGGAUUACCACUUGCAGUAUUAACUGUUACAAAUGCGUUGAAAGAUAAAAGUCAGGACAUCUGGGAAGGUGCACUUACACAGCUAAAAUCAGUCGUUCCAAAAGACAUCACAGGAUUGAGAGAAGUAUAUAAUUCCUUGAAGCUGUCCUACGAUAAACUAAAAAAUGAUGAAGCAACGAAGUUAUAUCUGUGUUGUUGUUUAUUCCCGGAAGAUUACUGUAUACCCCUGGAAACUCUUGCAAGACGUGGAAUGAGUUUGGGUAUGUUUGCACACAUUAAUCUAUUUCUAUGAAUUCCAAUCUUGGGCAAUUUAGCAUCUUUGGAUGCUUUACAGUGGUCUUUGACCGUACUGAAAUGCAAGUCACCUCUUCAUGGUGAAUAUUCCUUGGCCAUUGUUUUAGCUUCAAAUAGUGGCUUAUCCCAAAAAGACGUUCACUGGAUGAAAUAUAUAUAGCUAAAUCUCGAAGAGCGUCGUGCAUUAUGACCGAGCUAACAUCCUCGCCUUUUUGUAGCAGGAAACAAUUUUUAGCUUAUCAACCAAUAAUUUCACCUUAAUGAGAUGAUUUAUAGCCACACAAAUAUUUAUAACUUAUUUUAUACCACAAAUCUCAAAAAUUUCUUUUCUUUCUUAAACUUUGUGCCCUGUCAAACACCUUCACAUAAAUU